CACGGCACACCGAGUCUAUCAGGAAGGGUCUAGAGCGACUCUCAGGACCAUGAAGAUACAUACUUGCGUCUCACCGCAGAAGACCAUCAUUGCAGUGAUUGUUGGUCUCCUGGUGAUCAUCGGGAUCUUUUACUCUAAUAUGUGGCUAGAAACGAGUAAACCAGUUAACUUGGAUGUAAAUUCUGAGACAGCAAUAGAAAGUGCCUCCGAUGACGGAUGGAAGGAAGUGGCUCGCCAAGACCAAGACUGGGAAAAGGUGACAUGCCCCGUUAAGAAGAUGAAAAACGCGGACGACUUUUACAACUACAUCGAUCACCGCAAACUCCAUUGCGACAAGCUGGUGAUGUUGGGCGGGCAGCUGGGCACUCAUCCUCCAUACAUGGUUGGGGAGAAGUGGAUGUGCAUGAGCAAGGAAUACAACAUUGUCCCGGGCAACUGCAUCGCGCUCUCCUUCGGCAUCGAGCGAGACUUCUCUUUCGAUGACGACUUGGAUAAGCGCUUCAACUGUAAGGUGUUCGCAUUCGACCCGACCAUUAACAAGGCGACUCACCGGCGCUCCGACAACAUCAUGUUCUACGACUUGGGCAUUUCUGAUACCGACGCUCACAUCAACAGCACCAAGAUGGCCAGGUACGAGACCAUUCUGAAGAUGUUGAGUCUGGAGAACGCCACCAUAGACUACCUCAAGAUCGACGUGGAGGGAGCUGAACUCAACUUCUUCCACGACGUCUUCGCCAACACCCCAAACUUGCUCAAGAAUGUCAAGCAGAUCGGCAUGGAGAUCCACAAUAGUGAAUCUGUGUUAAUGCCUGUUGUGAGGGAGAAACUCUGGAAGUAUUUCCAGCUUCUGGAUUGCUUUGGGUUCAAGGUUAUCUUUAGUGAAAUAAAUCCCGUCAUUCACCUGCGGUUCGUUCUCAGAGGCCAGGUGCGGUCUUGCUGUUACGAGGUGGUGUGGGCCCGUCACCACUACUGGUGA